UUCUUGUCAAAGCAAAAUGUUGGCGAAGUCAGAAGAAAAAUGAAUUGCCACAUAUAUUAUCGGCAGAGAUAUGUUUAAAAGAAUCAAACGUUCUUGAUGGACAAUGCAGCUGUAUUGCUGGAACCGGAGGAGUUUGCAACCAUAUAAUUGCAUUGUUAUACAAUGUAAAUCACUGGAGUAGCAAGAGAAUGACAGAGAUCCCAGCAGAUAUGUCAUGUACAGAAGUGAGCCAAAUAUGGCAUAAGCCACGUGGGGACAAAAUUGAACCAGAACCAGUAAUGAAGCUCACCUUUGCCAAAGCAGCAACUGACAGACAGCUACGUAAAAGGGAACCUGUGAAAUGUUAUUUGUAUGACGGGCGUGCAAAAAAAAGUAAAGGAACUUUGGCACCAUCAAAAGAGGAGGUAGCUACUAUACAAGAAAUAGUUGGAGCACGCAACAGUAACAUUCCUAUAGUGUAUUUAACUAAAGACCACUCAACAACACACUCAACUGACACAUUAUUUGGAGAAGUUCCUACUGGUUCCCCACUCAGCUAUCAACUCCAAGACUAUCACAGCUCUAAGUCUGAAUUUUCAGCGUACAUUCCCAGCAAAGUUGAUAUUGUUUUGCAAGACAACCUUCGCUUCCCUGAUAUACCUGUACCAAAUUCAAGUCUUAACAUAGACUUAACUCAACUUGAUGAAACAAGCAAAACAUUCUUGCAAUCACUGGACGUAACUAAAGCCAGGUCUGAGGAGAUUGAACAAAUCACUAUCGAUCAGUCUCAGAAUAAACUAUGGCAUGAGAUGCGUAAAAAUAGACUUACAGCAUCAAAGUUUGGCGACGUUAUAAAUAGAAAAAGUGAACCAAGUGAAGCUUUUGUCAAAAAUUUAUUUACAUGCAAAGAUUUAUCAAGUGUAAAAUCAAUUUCACAUGGCAGAGAUAAAGAAGAUACUGCACGAAAAUUGUACACUAAAAAAAUGAAAAACAACUGUAAACAUAAUGUGUCAGUAUUUCGCACAGGACUCGUAAUAAAUCCAAGCUGUCCUUAUCUUGGAGCUUCCCCAGACGGCAAAGUUUUAGACAGGUCAUCUUAUGAUCACUUCGGGCUGUUGGAAAUUAAGUGCCCAUAUAAAUAUAGAAAUACUACACCCGCGGAAGCAGGAAGAAAUACAGACUUCUGUCUUGAAAUAAGGGACGAGGAGCUGCAUUUAAAAAGGUCACAUAGUUACUUCUACCAAGUGACUGGACAGAUGGCAAUAGCCGGUGUAAAUUGGUGCGACUUUGUUGUUUUCACGAACAAAGGACUAUUUGUAGAACGUAUAUUUUAUGACAAAAACGUGUGGGCAAGAAUUUUCCCAAAGCUUGCUCAAUUUUACAUCAACUCAGCAGUGCCUUAUCUUAAAAACAAGCAGACGGACGUUUAA